AUGGUAGAAGUCGAUCGCGUUAUUGACGACAAAGUAGAGCUGCUGCGUCGACGCAGAAGACUUCUAGAAGAUGAAUGCCAGCACCUGAAAACGCUUCUGCGAGCAAAUCUGAACAGGACGUAUCUUUGGGUCAUUCUAGUCUUGGAUGUGGUCGAACAUACCCCAGGCCUCUCCCCAGGCAAACUCGAACAGAAAGUGAACCACCUACCGGCCAAAGUUGAAGAUGCAUACGAAUCUAUGCUCAGAAAAAGUGUAGAUGAAACAAAGGCCCAGAAAGCAUUGGAACUGGUGUUGGCUGCCAGAAGACCUCUCACGAUUCAGCAAAUGAGGGAUGCGUUGACGAUCGAUGAAAGACACAAAUCACUUGGAGAUCUGGAAAACAAUUUAGAACCUCUCGAUCGAUUCAAGGAUACGUUGAAGGACAUAAGCGGUCUGUUGUUGGUCUUCCGCAUCAGGAAAGGAUUCCUCAAUAUAUUUGAUUCCAUCUGUACUGAACAAGUAGAAGAGGUCCAUCUACUGCAUCAAACUGUCCGAGAUUUCCUCAUCAAACCUACUCAGGGCAUGAAUCUGGUCGGCAUAAAUGAGACCGACUAUGACGGUCGUACGGCUUUACACUGGGCCGUUAAGGGGAAUGCCGCACGUCUGGUGCGACUUCUUCUCAGCAACGAAACGACAGAAGUCGAUCUUGGUGAUAUCCAUGGAGACACGCCCUUGCAACUGGCGUUUAAAGCCGGGUACACUAAUUUUGUGGCUCUGCUCUGCGCGACGGGCAAGGCGGAUGCCAACAGGCAGUAUUCUCGGCUCUCCAAGUCGUUCCUAAGGCAAUCUCUGGACGAUCUAUACUGGGCAGACGUCAAGGAUAAAAAGGAACCAGUAACCAUGAUCGAGUCACUCCUACGAGCUGAAGGACUUGACACCAAUGCACCACUUGAAGAUGGACAGACGGUCUUGAUGCACACAGCAAGCAGGGGGCUAUUAGAAGGUGCGUCCCUGCUCUUAUCUCAUGGAAACACCAACAUCAAUGCAACCGAUAAUGCCGGGAGAACUGCUUUGACAUGGGCCAUCAAAACCGAUUCCAUAUAUCACCUUAACAACGAUAUGGCCAGGUUACUCCUCACGCACAGCAAAGCGGACACCAUGUACGAACAAGAGCUCUUUCUAGAGUCGCUCAAAAUGGCCAUUGAACUGGGUCGCGUCGAAAUCACAAGAACCAUGCUGGCAUCCGAUAUGUUUCGCGCAGUCAACGCUGUUCGUUCAUUAUCAUUUGCCCUGACGUCAAAACGCAAACUAGAGCAGGAACCAAAUCCAGCACAGAGAAAACCUUAUGGAAAGUAUCGAUUUAGUUGGGAGCACCCUGAUUGGCAGCGACGUGAACGGAAGCGACGCGAAGAAGCUAUUGCCCUGGUAUUUACUUUCCUCAAGGAUGCAUCUGUUUGGGACCGGACCCCCCCUCGAAACACACACUGGGGAACUGACGCUUUCGUUGGGUCAGCCGCUCGUACUCGGCCCGCCAAACGAAGGAAAUCGUUCUGA